UGGCACCCUGUCUCCCUCGGUGCAUGUUGUUUCCCUUCGUGAGGGGAGAUUUCUGAGCUUGUUCAAUGUCAUGACACAGUGCAGCGCAGCAUCGAAGUGGUCGCCUCUAACGCCACUGGAACUCCGGUGCCCAGGACUCUUUUCCAGAGCUUUGACUUUGGUUACAUGAAAUAUGCGAUGUUCGCAGGAGUGCCCGGUUCUUUCUCUGCUACUGCACUUUGUUUUCAUCUUGGCAGCCGGCCACGAAGAGCUCUCCGACUCUGGCAGACUCCUCUCCCUCUUUGCAGAGCAAGCUCAGUCAGGGUCAGAACUGUCCAUUGUCCACCCAGAGAAAACCAACGCUGAUGGAGAGUUCAUCUCCCACUCUCUGUCUCACCACUUUAUGGGUGGGAGAGUCAGGCGUGACCUUAGACCCUUUGCUUUGGAGGGACAAGUUUACUAUAAGGUCAACUACAAGGGUCGAGCUUUAAUGUUCAAUCUGACUGCAAACAAUAACCUGGUUUCAAAUGACUACAUCCUGGAGAGGAGGAACGGCAGUUCCAACAGGACUGAGCAUCGCCUCUCUGGGGCAAAUUCCUGCCACCUUCUUGGCACCGUGGAAGACUCGGAUGUGCGAGGAACUGCUGCCAUCAGCACCUGUAAAGGCCUGAGAGGCUUCUUCUCGCUGCCAGAGGGACAAUAUUUUAUUGAACCUGUCCAAAAAUCUCCUGAUGAUCCUGCGGGGACUCCAGAGCCCCACGUCGUCUAUCCAAGAGUUACGACAGAAAGUCGCAGAAAAAAACGCAGCCUUGAGUCCAAGGAGACACCCAGCGCCUGCGGAGUUCAAGAUGCUCCAAGUGACUCUGUCCAGGCGGAGAGGGAAAGGGAGGAAUGGGAGAGGGAGCAGCAGACUGGGGAGGACCAGGCUCAGUCCCGCUCGCAGCGCUCAGUCAGCAGAGAGCGGUGGGUGGAGACCAUGGUGGUGGCCGACUCCAAACUCAUCGAAUAUCACGGCAGUGAUAAUGUGGAGUCCUACAUCUUCACCAUCAUGAACAUGGUGGCUGGAAUCUUUCAUGAUGCCAGUAUUGGGAAUGCCAUCCAUGUCAUCUUAGUGCGCCUCAUUUUGCUGCAAGGAGAAGAGAAAGGGCUGAAGAUCGUUCACCACGCAGACACCACGCUGGCCAGUUUCUGUGCUUGGCAGAAAAACCUCAAUCCUCAGAGCGACACACACCCUGCUCACCAUGACGUGGCUGUGCUGGUCACCAGGAAAGACAUCUGUGCUGGAAUGAACCAGCCCUGCGAGACCCUGGGUCUGUCUCAUCUGUCAGGGAUGUGUCAACCACACCGCAGCUGCAACAUCAAUGAGGAUUCAGGGCUACCUGUCGCCUUCACCGUCGCUCAUGAAAUGGGCCACAGCUUUGGAAUUCAUCAUGAUGGCCAGGGGAAUGACUGUGAGCUGGAAGGGAGGCACCCGUUCAUCAUGUCCAGACAGCUGAUGUAUGACAGCUCGCCCCUCACUUGGUCGUCCUGCUCCAAAGAAUACAUCACACGCUUCCUUGAUCGUGGCUGGGGUUUCUGUCUGGAUGACCGUCCCUCCAAGAGGGACCUCACCACCCCGCUGGCUCGCCUCGGUGUCCGCUACACCACACACCACCAGUGCCAGCUCCAAUACGGCCCAAACGCGACAUUCUGCCCUGAAGUCGAUAACGUUUGCCAGAUUCUUUGGUGUUCAGUGAACGGCUCCUGUCGCUCCAAACUGGACUCACCCAUUGAUGGCACUCGCUGUGGACCAGAGAAGUGGUGUAUCUCAGGAGAGUGUGUCAUUGUGGGUAAGCUCCCGGAGACGGUGAAUGGAGGCUGGGGACAGUGGAGUACCUGGUCUCACUGCUCCAGGACCUGUGGUACAGGUGUUCAGUCAGCGGAGAGGGAGUGUAACAACCCCAAACCAGAGUUUGGAGGCAAGUACUGCACUGGAGAAAGGAAGCGUUACCGGACUUGUCACACAAAACCCUGCCAGAAUGAUAAACCAACCUUUCGAGAGAUGCUGUGCAGUGAGUUUGACACGGUGGCCUACCACAACGAACUCUACCAGUGGAUUCCUGUGGCUAACCCAUUAAAUCCCUGCGAGCUGCACUGCCGACCAGUCAAUGAGUAUUUUUCGGAGAAGAUGCUCGACACUGUGACAGAUGGGACGCCGUGCUUCAUGAACAACAAGUCCAGAAACAUCUGCGUCAACGGAGUGUGCAAGGAGGUAGGCUGUGACUAUGGCAUUGACUCAAACGCUGUGGAGGAUCGUUGUGGAGUCUGUUUGGGUGACGGCACAAGCUGUGAGACGGUCUACAAAUCAUUUGACGAAGCAGAGGGCUUUGGGUACGUGGACGUGGGUGUGAUACCUGAGGGGGCGCGGGACAUCCUGGUGAAGGAAGUCGAGGAGGCAGGUAACUUCCUGGCUCUGAGAAGUGAGUCGUCGGAGGAGUAUUUCCUCAAUGGCAACUUCAUCAUCCAGUGGAACGGGGAGUACGAGGCCGGUGGGACGACGUUCUACUACGAACGCAGCGGAAACAUGGAGAACCUCACUGCUCCUGGACCCACCAAGCAGCCAGUCAUGCUCCAGUUGCUGUUUCAGGAGAAGAACCUGGGUUUAAAGUAUGAGUACACCAUUAGGAAGACCAAAGAGACAGGAAACGAGAUCAUCGAACCCGUUUACAGUUGGAGACACGGGGCGUGGACAGACUGCAGCACCACCUGUGGCUUAGGUGAGCAGCAUCAGCCCGUGCGGUGUUUCGAGGUGGAUGUGGGUGUUGUGGAUGAGUCUCUGUGUGACCAUGAAAGCCGCCCAGAUGACAGACACCGGAAAUGCAAAACUAUGGAUUGUCCUGCAAGGUGGUGGGUCGGGGGUUGGCAGCAGUGUACAGCCACCUGUGGAUCAGACGGUGUGAGAAAGCGAACAGUGCUCUGUGUCCGUACAGUUUCAGGGGAGGAAAGGGUGCUCCACCCCGUGGAGUGUAAGCAUCUCCUUAAACCCAAACCUGUGGUGCCGUGCAACAGAGAUGUACCGUGUGGACAGGACUGGGUGGUCGGGAACUGGGAAGAGUGCCCGGUCACAUGUGGAGGAGGGGUUCGCUCACGCACAGUCACGUGUGCAGUAGCACCCAAAAAGACCUGCGAUCUCUCAACCAAACCUCGAUCCAGAUCACUGUGUGCCCUGCAGAGCUGCCCUAACUCAAGUCUACGUAGACGACCUGGACCUCCCCCUAAAUACCGCCGCAUUUACCCACCUAAGAGCCACCCCACCAAGCAUCCUGGUUCACCUACCCGGGCUCCCAUGAGCACCACAGCCACACCUGCUACCCCUGCUACACCACCCACGACUGCUGUCACCAUGAGGAAGAAAACAACUACCAAAGAAACUACAACUGCUGUCAUCCCCACCACCACAUCCCCUUCAACCCCUGGAACCACAGUCCCCGAAAUCAUAGACACAGAUGAUUAUGAGUUCAGUGUUAUAGUGAGGAAAAAUGGGGAUAAGAGAGGGAAAGUUUUCCCUUCUAAAAAGAAAGCAACUGAUGUGGAAAAGGAAAACAUGGAAGGAGAGGAGGGAAGUACGCCGAAUGUGGGGAUGUACACUCCAGGAUAUGAUUAUGUUGUUGAGGAUAGGACAACAGAAGAAGAAGCGAUUAUUGACCUGGAUGUUUUUACCACAGCUACAUCACUCAAAAAAACCCUUAAAUCAACCACUUUGCAAACAAGUCCACCUACCAUGCACACAACCAGAGCACCCACCAUAACUGCGUACUCUACCCCACACACCAGCACUGAAACAUGGGCGAAGACGACUCACCACUUAUCCAACCUCCACACCAGUCCAUACAGCCACUGGACACGCAGGGUUCCUCUCACCACUCCCACGUACAAGCAUCACCGAUCAGCACCAAUGAAAGCUGGCUUCCAUGCAACACAAGCUCCCACCACAACUGCAAGAAAACUCUUCACCACUGCAGCAUCCCCCCAGUCAACAGUAAAGAUUAUUAAACUCAAGAAACCUGCUGUGACACCCAGGAAAAAUAGUUCUUCCUCUCGUGCUAAAAAGCCCUCUCCACGGUCAAAAGGCAGUCGCUCCAAGAGCCAGAACCAGCAGCCAGAAAGUCCCAUGAGUGGCCCCUCCAGUGACCAAAGUAACCUGAUGGCCAGAGAGCCAGUCAGCAUGGAUGUAUUCUGGGUUGUAGGAAACUGGAGCGAGUGUUCAACAACAUGUGGGAUUGGUGCGAUAUGGCGGACAGUCGUGUGCAGCUCCCAGAAUGAUGAGGACUGUGCCAGCGUGAAGAGACCUGAGCCGGCACGCACAUGUCAGCUGCAGCCUUGUGCCACCUGGCAAAGUGGCAGCUGGAGCAAAUGUCCAGAUAACUGUGCAGUGGUGGGAAGGAGGUACCGUGACGUCCAGUGUAUCGACUCUCAGAGUAAACGUCCCCUCAGACCUUUCCACUGUCAGGCUGUGUCUAGCAGACCCCUCAGCACCUUGACCUGCCCCCACAAGCCCUGUAUGAACUGGAGUAUAUCACCCUGGGGACCGUGCUCCGGCAGCUGUGGCGAAGGCAUCAGGGAGCGGCUGGUGUACUGUCCCCAGCCUCUUCGCUGUAGCACCACACGGAGGCCUAACGGCACAGAGCCGUGCAGUCUAAAGCCCUGUACUCAGUGGAAGACUGAGGACUGGGAGGAGUGCUCCGUGAGUUGUGGUGGGGGUCAGCAGCAGCGUCAAGUCAGAUGUGUGAGUGACCAAGAUUUGGCUGUGAUGCCAAACAGCCUCUGUGAGAAGAUUUCCAAACCAGAAACACUCAGGAAGUGCAAUAUGCAGGAAUGCAAGACCAACACAGGUCCAGUUUGCAGGAAGAACACCAUGUCCUCACGCUUCUGCGACAAGCUGAAGCUAUUGGGUCGCUGCUCUCUCAGGUCGGUCCAAAGACAGUGUUGUGUCACCUGUGGUCCGUAGCCAGUGUUAUGCACACACAUACAUUACAAUGGGAUACUGUAUGUUCAUGCAAAAUUUGGCGUAAAGCCAAACCAUCCACAGACUGACAUGUCCGAACCAAAGUGCUAAUGACCACAGCACGACAGCAAGCACAACUUAAUCAGCACAAACAUACCUGGGUCAACUAAUACUAUGUAAUAAUUCUAUUUUUUUUACUUAUUUAGGUAAAUUCCAAUUAAAAAAUUUUGCUGGGAGGCAUUAGAAAAGUGAGCAAAAGAACAAGCCAAAACACUGAUGAUGAAUACACAUUUGGACUGUAACAAAGAUCAGAGCGUAGUGUUCAUAAAGCCACGUUCAGGUGAGCAUAAAUGCUUAUCGACUUUGAUAUUUCCUUUUAUUUAAAUUGAUUUGGUGAAUUUAUUACAAUAAUUAAGUCAAUACAUUCUUAAAAAUCAUUUAAAAAUUACGAAUAAAAAAAAAAAAUCAAGAAGCACAAUUCAAAAGUUAUGAAAGCUCAUACAAGCUGAUGCAAGAGCUGCUCCUACACAGUUGUGAUGAAUUAGAUUAUAAUACAAGGUACAAUAUGAACUUUUUUUUUCAGUGAAAAAAACAAAAACAAAAAAAAAGAACAGUUAUGACCUACAGUGCAAAUCUUUCUGGGCCAAUGGUGCUUUUAUAAUUGAGGUGCUGAAGAUCAUUUAUGGCUCUACAGUCUAGUUGCCAGUUAUAGUUUUCUUUCAAAGUGAACUGGUGAAAACAGAAUGUAAAUAAAGAUUUUUUUUGUGACCUCUUUAUUAAAUUGUUAAUAGUAAUGAUAAUCUCUGUGUUUUUUUACUCUUACUAUAUAUUUUCCUUUUUUUCUGCUUGAAUUGUGUUUUUUUUUUUCCUCAGAGCUGGCACUGUGUGUUUACAUUAUUCUGGGUACAAAGUUCUUGCUUUAGUCCUUUUUUGUUUCAGUUGUCCCUGAUUAAAAAAGAAAAUCGGCUGCAAAACCUGCACAGUUUUCCAGCUGAACCUGUGGUGCUCCUCCUCUGGUGUAACAUUGACCGAUGAGAAAGAGGUGUUGCAGGUCAUCCCUCUCAGGUCCCUGUACAGAUGGCCGCUGUGUUUGUAUGAUAUUGUACAGGCAUUAUCGUUGUCAUUGUGUCCGGUACAUCACCGGGACUGAUUCGUCCUUCACAUGUCUCCAUCAUUAAAUGUAAUGAUAAAAGAUGUUUGUGGCAACACUGCUUUGUAGCUGAGACAUGAAAUAAACUUUUCUUUUAAUAUUUGUA